AGUACAUUGUUAAGUCAGGGCUGUGCCGAAACCUUUCAGUUUCAUUGUUCUAUACUAAUUUUCUAAGCUAUUCGGAGACAGAAAACGAAGACCAAAAGUGCCACAGGCGUUCAUACCGGAAGAAAGAGGCAAUCUAUCAUUUAUUCACCUCGCUAACAGAUGUAGGAGAUCAGGAACGCAAGACAAAUCGUCUAUGGUGCAAUAGCGUUUCAAAAUGGCUCACGAGUUCAUGUUAUUCGCCUUCACUUUGAUGGGAUUCCACUCAUCUUUCUCACUGAGUGGAACAGAAGUACCGUUCUAUCCGGUCUCUCCAAAGUUGAUCAACUUGGCUUGUAAAAAGUGCCCGGCAGGAUUCUCCACAGUGUGCAACCAAAAUGAACAAUCUCGUUGCGUAAAAUGCGCUGAAGGAACAUACUCUGAGCACGCCUCUCGCCGCGGAACAUGCAAACGUUGCGCCAGAUGUGGUUUGAAUGAAUUCGAGGUCCUUCCUUGCACUCUGACGUCGAAUGUUGUUUGCAAAGAAUGCAGCACAUGUCCUCCUGGAUUUGGGGUACUGAGGCCUUGCGAAAAGACAAAAGACACAGUCUGCAAGAGAUGCCCUUUUGAUAAAGAUGGAAUAGGGAUCUAUGAGGACACAGAUUGCGGCAGAGGUGGAGAUUACCUUGUCCACAAUAGAAGCAGACAUCACGAAGAGACGAAAGACCGUGUGACUGUUUUUAGAGCUGAGAACCCUUGGGUUGAUGGCAGAAGGAAUCCCAAGUUUCAACACAAAUUGCCGGUUGCUGACAAAGAAGCAGACGGAAAACUCAUCGUACCCGGGGUUCAUUCUGUAAGUCCUUCCCCUCCAAGCUUAUUCUCGUCGAGGACGCCAACUGAUGCAAUUGCACGGGGAACAUUUCUCAUAAUUUCUCCCGUUGAUAGUUUGCCUGCGUCGUCUCCACAGACAGAGAAAACAGUUUACGACAAGCGACACCCAACAGAUCAUGAAGUGCAAGGAGAUGAUGGGAACAUUCCUCAAAGUUUAUCGCAGAAGACUGGUCACAACAGUACAGACACAGCGAAUCCGCGUAGGAUAUCUUCCGUUUCGUCAUCUGAGUCUCUCAACGCUAAUGAUUUUGGAAUGGACGAAGAGCUGGAGCAUAGCACAAAGUCUCCCCAGGAAAAAGGAGGCGGAUUUAAAUUGGGUACAGAAGGGGUGGUGGGCGACAACAUGGACAAGGAAAUGAUGCUUCCCGAGCCGAACUCUGCAAAUGACCAAGAGAUUUUCCCACACACUCAACACUGGCAGUGGAUUGUGAUUGCAGUAGUUGUUGUUGUUGUGCUAGUGGUUGCAUCGGCACUCAAUCGACUGAAACGCUCCAAGAAAACUAAUGGGCGCCUCUUUGUCUGCCCCCGGUUAGACUGCAGACGUCCGCGUUGUAUGACGCCAUCCGACUGCUGUGAUAGCACAUCAAUAUCAAGUGCUGCAGGUUCAUGGGCUGAAGAGGGUGCAAAUGUCAUAGGAGUGCCUGUUGACGUACAUGAGUCUGAUUCAAACCAACCUACGCUACACACCUUCCUGCCCUCUGAAAACACUAUUGUAGCCGCUGAUGUCCAUCAUACCACAGUAUUUGAUGUGUUCAACAUAAGGUCGCUAAGAUAUCUUACUCAAGCAGAAGCCACGCUCGGCAGCACUGGUGGGAAGUUGUCUGCGCCAGAUUCCGAUGUGACGAUUGCAGUUGAUAGUGGUACGGUCCCAGAAGGAACUCACCAGAAGUUUUUCUUCCGAGUGGUCUAUGACGAAACCUCUCUAUUGCGGGACAUCCCGGAAACUCCUGAUAGGACGCUAAUUUCCCCCGUGAUUGAGUGUGGACCACACGACAUCAACCUGCUCAAGCCGGUUGAAAUCACUGUUCCACAUUGUCUGUUCUUUGACGAGAUUAAGAAAGACUCGAUAGCUGUUUACAGAUGUGAGCAAUAUUCUGACAAAGGAACAAUCCAAUGGGAAAAGGUUCCAUCAGCAUCGGAGAAAAAUGGCCAAUCUAAGGCAUGGUUCACGGUAAAAAAAGAUUCCAUCCACAUUAAAACAAAAACCUUCUCUUUUUGGAGCAUUUUUGCAUGUGGUGGAUCAAAAAAGAAGAGAGCGACUGUUUUCUUCAGCAGACCAAGCCCAUCAAGCGAUUUGAUUUAUCUCAGGUUCUACAUCUACGGUGAUAGCGAGGAUUCAAAGAAGCGAGUUGAAACACGAGACAAAGAACGUUUUCCAGACUCGUGGAAGGCAGCUAAGGAGAAACCUUGCACGAUACAUAAUGGCGGUAACAAUAUCGCUGUGAAACUCACAGAGAUUCAAAACGGAUGGGAGCUCGACAAGACUGGAGCUAUUCAGACAUACCCUUUCGAGAUCGCGUAUCGCAAUGGAUUUCGUUCCAGUGACUCAUGCGAUUUUGCUGUGAAACCCACAGGAAAAAAUGUUAAACCAUUUUCAUGUGUUCUUUGGUUCCAGCAGGAGGAAACCAACAAAGAAUACACGAUCUAUCUAAACCCAGGCUAUGACCUACGCGAGACUAUUCCCUCGUCUUCCAACGAAAUCCAGCCCUCAAACGAAUCAAGCGUGUUAGAAGAAACUUUUGCUUCAGAGAGGCGAGAGGAAUGCGAAAGUGGCCAAAAUAUUGAAAACGGAACAAAUACAGUAACUGCAGAUGUUACAGGACAUGCUUUGAGGCAAAGUUAUGCCUCGUUAGGCAGUAAUGACGAGCCUGUCACAGAAAGACACUUACUUUGCGUACAUCAAAGGAUUGCGAGAUGGGAAACAGUUCUUCGGUAUCUGGGCUUGGAGAAUGUCAGAAUAGAAGUUCUAGACGCGGAAAAUAGGACAAUUUCGGAAAAAUGUUAUCAAGGGCUCCUAAUAUGGAUGAGAGGGGAAAGGAAUGCUUCGACGAGAGAGCUUUGUGACGCCUUGCAACGCGCAGAUUGUCGGGAAGCGUUGGAUCAGUUGUCGAGAGAGGGGUUAGUAAAAGAGGAACAGGCUAAAAUCACAGAUGAAAAAAAUUCAAAUAACUGGACAACUGUGUGAUACGGAGCAUCCUGUGAGACUCUGACCAUGGAUCCUAACAGUCAGUUGGAAGAAACAUGACAGUGAGUUCCUCGUUUGCUUUUCGACUCAAGAUUCUUCUUCUUCGAAGUCGGUGAUACCAAAAAGGAAGAAUAACUCCUAUCUCGGCAAUCGGAUGAACUCAACGGAUUUAAAUUUCAGUAAAGAAUGCCACAUAAAGCUAGAAAACCUUAGAAAACAAGGAACUUUGCAAGCAGCCAACGUUUUCAUGCUUUAGUUGAACACAUUCGUUGAAACUUAACUCGUUCCAUCGACCUAUGCAUGUCUCAACUCAUGCCCAGGUGUGAACAAAAUCUAUAGACGGGGUAAGUUUCUAUAGAAACUGUGGUGCCGCAUCGGUGGGAGAGUAUAACAAAAUAAUUUGGUAUUAUCAACUGAGUUGAUGACGUAAAUUGGCCGCCGAAACGGUUUCAAACCUGCGUUUCGAGCGUUAGCCCUUCGUCGGAGCGAAUGGCUCUACAACGUUUUAAUCUCCAAUCGCACGUCUCCCUCCACUUUCGUUAAAUAUCUCUUAUUUAUGAUCUUUUUUCAAGAUUUUCUGAUUAAAAGAAUUCAAAGACUUAUCAGCUUUAAAAUUUCAUCUAAAUUCUUAGUGAUGCAUACACGAACUUUCUACUAUCAUAUAUAAGGAACUUUCUGGAACAUUUUCUUAGGUUAUGUUUUUAUGAUGUAAUACCAGAAAAAUUGUUGUGUUGUAGUCUUCCGAAAGUUCCAGAAUACGUUUUAAAUGUAUAUAAGGACUCAGUCGUCGAAAUAAUUGUUGCUGUUGUCGGGAGAGAAUGAUUGUCUGGAAAGGUAAACCGAGAGAGAGCUAUUGUGGACGAUCGUACAUUUCAGGGAUAUUUGAUGACAACCGUGAGAUUUUGUCAGUGGUGAGCUAAAUUAAUUAUAGUCCGCAAUAGGCUUAAGUGAGUUUAUUUAGGAUAAUUACUGUAUUGCCUUAAAAAGUUUCUCCUCGGUAAGAAAAUCACAUGUUGAUUAAUAGAGUAGGUGAGUUUGCAGGAGUAUAGUGUUCUUUCUUUCGACUAAAUUAUACUGUAAUACUGGUUACAUUAAUCAGUCCAACUUUGUAAAUUUAAUGGAUUGGAAAUAAAAAGUUUCAGUUUUUGAA